GGGAGCGCGUAUCGAUCUCGCUUUCCUUGACGCAUCAUUUUAAGUGGCUGCCAGCCUAAGCUCCUCACUCAGACACACACGCACACAUGACACACACGCACACAUGACACACACACAUUACACGCAUGCGCAUACAACCCAUACGCCCAAAAUACCUCGCUAACUGACUGAUGGAUGCGGUGCUGUACGGGGAAGGAGGCUAUUCAAGUGACCGCCUCGCCCCCCGCCCAAGACAGCUAGCUGGUACGAUGGAUUGGCGUCGGGCGGGUGUCGAGAAUGGUUACUGUGUCGGUGACCUGGCUGAGCGGCAAAGCUGGCGCGGCGAUCCUCCCUUAACAAUCCAGUCCGAGGCCAUUGGGCUGGAUCAGAGACCAGAGAUGCGGUCAAACAGAAAGGUUGCGGUCGUCGGCUGGCGUGCCGUGUGUACUGCAGGCAGUACCAUGCUGCAAGCGCAGGUCGGGUUGCGUUGCGACGAAGCUAAAGGGCGGUCUAAGGUUAGCCAUGGCUGGCCUGGCACGCGCCUCCUCCCGACUAUUGUUGCGGUCAAGCGCCAGCCAGCGCGGGUUGAUCUCAACUUGGACUGGUCGGGGUGGAGAGCAACACCCGAACACUGCGGUACCCGUCGUCUCUCUGCGAUUCGACGGCAGUCCUCGAUAGAGUUGGGUGUAAAGUCGCCGGUGCCAUUCAAGGACUGGCUUAUGGAUUUGUGGGAGAUGGAGCUUGCUUUCGCCUGACCCUAUCUCGCCGUACCCGUGCACUACCCAACCGGUAGGUAGGUGCAUUACCUGAUUGAGAGGGAGAGGUGAGACGGGAGGUAGUGUAGGGCUCGUGCAGGUACGCAG